AUGCAACCUCACAGCGAGCACACUCAGCUACUGCUUCAGCAUGCAGUCUACAGAGGAGACGAUCCGUUCAAGAACUUGAAUAGCGUUUGGCUUGGCGGUGGUGACAAAGGUGAGCUGAAGGAGGCGUGCCAGUCUCUUCCUGCGUGCUUUUUGCAGAGCACAUACAUCUCAGGAAGAUUCCGAUGA